AGAAACAUGGCGUCCCAGUGCAGCCUGGCCACUCUGUUUCCUCUCCAAAGUGAGCUGGAUGUCUCUCUGGAUGAAGCUACUACGCAGGAAGAGAAGCAGAGUCUGGUCGACGAAUAUUUGAAAAAACUGGACGAGCGAGAGGACUUGAAGAUACCCGAUUUCCAGCCAGGCCUGGAGUGGCUGAACACGGAGGGCCCUCUGUCUCUGCACAAGGAGCUGGCUGGCAAAGUGGUGCUGCUGGACUUCUUCACAUACUGCUGCAUCAACUGCAUGCACAUCCUGCCUCACCUGCACCAGCUGGAGAAGACGCACUCCGUCCAAGAUGGGCUGGUUAUAAUCGGCGUGCAUUCGGCCAAAUUUCCCAAUGAAAAGGUCCUGGAUAACAUCGGCAGCGCGGUGCUGCGGUACGACAUCUGCCACCCCGUGGUGAACGACGGCGAGGCGCGGCUGUGGCACGAGCUGGAGGUGUCCUGCUGGCCCACGCUGGUGCUGCUGGGGCCGCGCGGCAACCUGCUCUUCUCCCUGGUGGGCGAGGGCCACCGCGACAGGCUGGCGCUGUUCGCCGCCGCCGCCCUCCGGCACUACGGGGCGCGGGGCGCGCUGCGGCCCCACGCCGUCGGCGUCCGGCUGUACCGGGACUCCCUGCCGCCCAGCGUCCUCUCCUUCCCCGGGAAGGUCGCCGUGGACGGCGGCGGCGGCGGCGGCGGCCGGCUGGCCAUCGCUGACACCGGGCAUCACAGGGUGCUGAUCACAUCUCUGGCUGGACACCUGCUGCACGCCGUAGGAGGGCCUGAAAGUGGGAGACAAGAUGGCGACUUGUCCGAGGCGUCCUUCAACUGCCCUCAGGGCGUGGCCAUCAGAGGGGACAGCGUGUACGUGGCCGACACCGAGAACCACCUGAUUCGAAAGAUCGACCUGCUGCAGGGGAAGGUCAGCACCCUGGCCGGGGUCGGCACUCAGGGCACGGACAGAGAGGGCGGGGCCCCGGGGCCUCAGCAGCCGAUCAGCUCCCCGUGGGACGUGGCGCUCGGCACGGCAGGCGGCGUGGAAGACAACGUGCUGUGGAUCGCCAUGGCAGGGACCCACCAGAUCUGGGCUUUGUUCCUCGCCGAUGGAAAGCUGCCCAGAGGAAGCGACUCCAAAGCCGGGACCUGCGUGCGGUGGGCCGGCAGCGGCAACGAGGAGAACCGGAACAACUCCUACCCCCACAAGGCGGGCUUCGCUCAGCCGUCGGGCCUGGCCGCGGCGCCGGAGGAGCCCUGGAGCUGCCUGUUCGUGGCCGACAGCGAGAGCAGCUCGGUCCGCACGCUGGCCCUGAAGGACGGAGCCGUCCGGCUGCUGGUGGGCGGAGAGAGGGACCCGCUGAACCUCUUUGCUUUCGGGGACGUCGACGGGAAAGGCGUGGACGCCAAACUGCAGCAUCCGCUCGGCGUCGCCUGGGCUCCCGAACAGAGCCUGCUCUAUGUGGCCGACUCGUACAACCACAAGAUCAAGGUGGUGGACCCGAAGACGAAGCUGUGCAGCACGUUGGCAGGGACGGGGGAGGCGGGGGACGCUCUGGGGCCGGAGUUCAGCAAAGCCUGCUUCAGCGAACCGGGGGGGAUCUGUGUGUCCGGCGGGGGGAGGCUCCUCUACGUGGCCGACACCAACAACCACCAAGUCAAAGUGCUGGACCUGGUCUCCAAGACCGUGUCUCCGUUGAACAUCGUCACUGAGAGCACAGACUCGGCGAAGCCGUCGCCUCCUACCAAAGCCCCGCCGCUGCCCAGAUCGGCUGCCAGGAGAGAGCUGCCCCCGGUGUGUGUGUCUGCGGGCCAGACCGUCGUCAUGACGCUGACGCUGUCCCUGCCGGACGGGGCCAAGCUGACCGACGAGGCCCCCAGCUGCUGGGCGCUCUCCGCCGAGGGCAGCGAGCGGCUCCUCGGCGGCCAGCUGGUCACCGGCGACGUGGUCGACCUGUCGCGGCCCCUCCGCGUCUCCGCCGCGCUGCCGGCCGCCGUGGAGGAGUCGGACCGCGGCGCGCGCCUCACCCUCAGCGUGUGGCUGUACUACUGCCUGGAGGCGGGCCACGCCUGCACCAUGAAGGCCGCCUCCUUCUCGCAGCCGCUGCGGAUCGGCGCCGGCCCCGGCGAGGGCGAGGUCAACGUGGCGUGGAGCCACGCCUUCUGACGGCGCCUGAUGAAACCACACUUCCAGUUCUGUCAUCUCAAGUAUUAACAAGUGACAUUUAAUUGAGCUGAUGCAGAAUUCAGACUGAAGAGGUUCUCUAUGCAUGAACACAUUUUUAUAUAACAUGAUUAUUAUCUUUUGAGUAAUAUAUUUUCAUUUCUACUGUCUGUGUCGCUGAUUUAUCUUGGAAGAAGUCGGCGCGUCGUUCUUCGCCUUCGGGCACAAACUAAUCAAAGCUCCCAUAAAUAUUUGGCCACAUGUGUGUUUGCAGAGUCUCGCUCUUUAAAAGGUUACGCUCACGGCCGUCGGGCUCCGUUCAGAGUCUCCACUGAUUCCGCUCUUUUGAUCAUGAUCGUUCGUGACACAAGUAGCCUUUUUCUAUUGAGAGCAUGAAGAAUGGUUCUUAUCUGAGCGAUGAAUAAAGUGCCUGUUCUGGAUCCGGGAGAGAAGCAGCCCGCCGUGAACUGCUGACCCCGGCCGGCUGCUGCUCGGCCCUCCCGCUCUGGGAUAUCGCGUCGAAGAAGCCAACACUUAUUAAAAUCUCCGUAUCCAGCGUUUGUAAACUCCGUCUGUCCUCCGCAAAGGGAGCUCGAUAUGAAAGCGACGCUCUAAUAAUGAUCUGAUUCAUCACGUCGCGUCGGGCCGUGUAGUGUGAUAAGGUGCAAGUUGUUAUUGUCAUUUUCUCCUUAUUGGUUUUCAGGAACGCGCACGAGAGCGUGCGACGAUCUUCGUGAUUGCGCGCGAAAAGACUGAUUUGAUUGGGAUCGUUCGGCCCCAGGUGCCUUGGUUCGAGGCGUCGCCGCAAAUUGGCGGCGCUUUAACGGCGUGAGAAGCAAUAACGCCGCCGCCGGCGGUGCGAUUUUCUGUACCGGGAGGAACAUUUCACUCCCGCCACUUAUUACCCGAAUAAACUGCAAAAGAUGC